AUGAAGAUGACAUACGAGAACGCAGAUACACGGCUGAAAUACGAGGCCAGUUCCUCGCCCCAAGCAGAAAUCAAGACUGGCUUGCCAAACAUUUUAAACCCCGCACCAUUUUCGUCGGUAAUCUCUGUGAAUAGUGGAAUGUCAUGGGGGCUACAAAGAUCGGAACAGACAACAAACUCCGCGGCGAACUCACCAGUGACACACAUACAGUCCAGUCCCCCGACAUCACAAUAUGCUGAGUUCAUGAUCAGACAGAAUGGACUGAACAGGCUACUCCCGCCGCCAGAGAAUCAGUUUGAAGCCUCGUCGUUUGGCACCGGAAGCCUUGUUAAUGCUGUGACUCCUAACGUGGGCGUAGGCGCCGCGAUAGCUACAGAAUCGGUUUUGUCUGGUGCAGCCAGUUCUUCUAGUACAUCUGGAACUAUUUCUAUACCAACACCGGCAGACCCAGAGGAGUGGAACAGAAAGGCUGCCGACAUAGCCAUGGGCCGUGUCCCCAAGCCAGUCAGAUCGGAGCCGCAAGUGUUCAUUUGCGAUGCCUGUGAGAAGAGAUUCUCGCGGAGAAUGAAUCUAAAAUCGCACAAGAACUCAAAACACGCGGGGCAGAAGCCGUUCGCAUGCUCCUUCUGCGAGCAGCGGUUUGCGCGGUACUCGGACCAGAAACGGCAUGAGACGAUCCAGCACGGCGGAGACAAGGUGUUAUAUCGAUGUUCGGGCGUGAACGAGAGGGGCGAGAGAUGGGGGUGCAAUAAGAAGUUUAAGAGGAAGGACGGGCUGGCAGCCCACUGGAAGAGCAAGAAGGCCAAGACCAAGUGCCUCAAAGAGGUGAUAGACCAGAGGCAGAAGGAGCUCACGGUGUAG